AUGAAUCAACAAGAUAACUAUGACAAUAUAAAAUCUCAUCCACUUAACAUAAUGGAAUAUAAUGGAGAAUCAAUUCUUGAAAAUUUUAGAUUUGUAGAAGGUAGAAGGUUUCAUAAUGUAGAAGGUGUGGUAUAUUUUCUGGCAAACGAUGAAGAGGAAAUUUCAAGAUUACAGAUGCUACAUCAUUUAUAUAAAUAUAUAUGGAAAAGUGUUUAUUCUUCUCCAAUGCAUGGAAAACUUGCAUCAAGGGGUACUAGAGUAUUAGAUUCUGGAUGUGGUCCAGGAUCAUGGGUUUUGGAUAUGGCAAAUCAUUAUGAAAAUUCAACUUUUAUCGGUGUUGAUUUUUCUCCAUCAAUGUUUCCUUCUCAUGUAAGUAAUAAUGUAGCAUUUUUAGAAACGAAUAUUAUUAGUGGAUUUCCUUUUCCGAAUGAAACCUUUGAUUUUGUGUAUCAAAGGUUGAUGUGUUUUGCUUUAACCAAAAAACAAUGGCAAGAUGUAAUCCUUGACAUGGUUAGAAUUACUAAACCUGGUGGUUGGAUUGAAUUUAUGGAAGUGGAUAUAGAAGUAUAUUUUGCUGGUCCUCUUACAAAAAGAUUUAUGAAAUUGUUUCGUGACCUAUUGACUUCACGUGGACUUGAUCCAUUUAUUGCUUCUCGUAUUGAAGGUUACUUGCAAGCAACUAACAAAGUUGUUGACGUUCACAUCGAAAGUAAAGCAACACCAUUAGGUUCACACGGGAAAGGAGUAGGAGAGUUGCUUGGAGAUGACUUUUGGGUGGCCAUAUCCCAUACCAAAGCAUACAUAUGUAAUUUCAUGGGUAUUCCAAUUGAAAAAUAUGAUAUUCUUGUAGAAAAAAUCAAAAAAGAAUAUGAUGAGUAUAAAUCUUAUUCCAAAUCAUAUAGGUAG